UCUAAGGUACCUCAAAUUAAAUUGGGGAACCUUCGCUGGUAACUUAGCAAAUCGUCUUACAAAAUUAAGAUGGAUUGUUUGGAAUGAUCCUCCUCCCACAUCCCAGCCAGCCAAUAUGCACUUUAAGAAUGUGGUCAUUCUUGAAUUUUCACAAGUUGACUUCAUAGAUGACUUGAAACUAAACAGCUUAAUCAAGAUGGCUAGAAAAUUGAAAGUUCUUUCUAUUGCAAGUUGUGACAGAAUAACUAGAAUACCAGACUUCUUUGGAUGUCCAUAUUUAGAGAGGCUUACUUUCGAACAUUGUUCCAAAUUGAGGAAAAUUGACAGCUCUAUUGGGAAGUUGAAGUAUCUAAUUUACUUGAGUAUUUAUGUUUGCUUUGGUCUUGAAGAUUUGCCCGAAGAAAUUGGGAAUCUACUGAAUUUGCAGCACUUCUCUAUACAACAUUGUAAAGUGAAGAAACUCCCAUAUUCCAUAUGGAAGUUGAAAUCAUUACGUGAGUUGCACUUUGUCAAUAGCUAUGACGGAUUAGAUUCAACAAAUUCAUGGGAGUUACCUUCUGCUAUUAGAAUGCUCCAUAAUUUGGAAAAGCUUCAUGUUUGCAGUCACUCUUUGAAAGGUCAAAUUCCUCAUGAAAUCGGAAGUUUACCCUUGCUAAGAAUCUUAAAUCUAUCAAGGACUCAAUUAAGUGAAGUUCCAAAGAGCAUUAGCAUACUUACUUGCCUAAAAGGGUUGGAGUUGAUGGGAUGUGAUAAGUUUCAAGAGUUACCGAUGCUCCCAGCAAGUUUAACCUAUCUAUAUGUACGUUCUACGUCGCUUCGAGUAGUCCCGGAUCUUUCAAACUUGACUAAUUUGGUUGAGUUGGAUCUAAUUUCAUGGGGAGGAGGAGAUAAACCUUGUAUUGGUGAGUUAAGGUGGAUUGGUAGGUUAUCCAAAUUAACUACAUUGAGAUUGGGACUUCACAAUGUCCAUGUUCCUACUGAGUUGGCUUCCCUUCCUCUGCUGAACCAACUCGAUUUGUUUGGUUUGGACCUACAAACCUUUCCGCAACUUCCCUCGUCAUUACAAGAGCUACGAGUUGAUAAUUUCAAUUUCAUCGUGUCACUUUCUCAGAAUCUCAUAAAUUUGUCAUGCUUAGGGCUCUAUAGGUCUCCAAUGCAAGAAUUUGAACUCAAUGGGCAUCAACUUCCAAAUAUAAGGGACUUGUCUAUAGUGAAAUGUGAGAGCCUCAAAAGAUUCAGGCUGUCAAGCAUGAGGAAGUUGGUAUCUAUCAAUGUGUUAAUUUGUCCAAAGCUAGUUGAGCUCCGAUUUUCUCGGUUGGAAUCACUUGAUACAUUGUAUAUUCAAUACUGUGAAUCCUUCGGCAGGCUAGUUGAUGUGGGGGAAGCUGGGCACGAUAAUAAUGAGUCUGCUAAUAAGUUGAUUAGUGGUGAAGGGACACUAAUCCUUCCACUAAGAGCCUUAAAUAAGUUGCGACGCUUUGUUUUGAGGGGUUGCCCUCAUAUACUCGAGAUGCAAAUUGUUGGUACGUCGGAAUCAUGGGAAUACUUUGGCCUUUAUAAAUGUCCUUAUGUGCAAAAUCUUGAUGGUUUGUCAAACUUAAAGAAUCUCAAGCGUUUAUACAUUCAUGACAACGAACAGCUACAGGUCAUUAAAGGCCUUGACGAACUAGAGUUUUUGGAGGAGCUACGAAUUCAAAGAUGCGGAUAUUUGGAAAGUUUGAUUGAUCUAUCGAACACCAAAUUGCCGCAUAUAUAUCUCCGGAUGCAAGAAAAGCUUUAG